CUUGGCACCAGCGCCGUCGCAGUGGAAGGAGACCAUUUACACCGUGAGUGGCUCCGUCUUAUGUCCGGACCAGCCAAGCACGUACCUUGAGACCCUCGAAUGGAUCAUUGGCACCGACGCGUAUCAAGACGGCUGUGAUGUCCCGUAUUCUUCAGCGAUGGCCUUUGUACCGCCGCGCGACCACAUUCUGUUUGCCGUAACUCUGAGCAACAUUGGUGCGACGACCAAUGUCACGUCGAUUUGUCUUCUCGAUAGCCAUAGCGACGGAACACAUUGCGAGGCCAAAAUUCGCGCGGGGCAGGCCUUUCUCCCCUACCUUUCGACACUGCCCAACUGGCGUCCAUCUCUCUACGCGGCUAUUGACAAGCUCCGGAUUGAGUGGGUUCAGUUCGGUCGGGUCAACAAGACAGCACCCAUUGAGCUCUUCCACUUGCCGGUUCUUGAUCUAUCGGACCCGAGUUUUCACUUUUUUGCAUGGCUCUUCGUAUAUGAUUGGGCGAUGGGCAACCGCGAAGUCAUCUCGUUCCAAGGUGAUCUAAAUACCCUAACCGCCAUGGGCAACGACAUCACACGACUGGAGCAAACCGUCGACGUGGCGCAACUGCCAACUAUCUUUGCUUUCUAUGCACUCCAAGCCAUCCGAUAUGUCACCUUCGUCAUGAUCAUGCUCGCAGCCGUCACGUUUGUGUACAUUUUACUAUCUCGAGGUUACGUCGAGGGUCUCAACAUGUUUGAAAUGAGUCGCGUCGGCGGCAUCGUCUGGGUCGGUCGACCAUUGGUCGUGGUUCGGAGUAUCACGGCUCUCUGUCUUCUCUCGACUGCCUCGAUUGAGCUCCAAACUGACGGUGUCUUCAGCUACUUUGUCACGACGCCCGUUCCGCUCUGGACGACGUGUCUCGCAGCGAAUGAAGUCACGUGGCUUGUCGGUAUCGUCAACGACAUCUCGCUCGUCUGGACGCAAGACCACACGAUCGCGUACGCUACCAUCAACAGUCUGCUCAUGUGGCUCAUCUCGGCGCUGCUGGCGACACUGGCGCCGGUCCAGGCCACCAUCACAGUAUCUCCAACUUGUGAGAUUGCUACAUUGGACUACCAAGUGGUGUGUGUGGCAGGCAGUGUCGUGAUUGGAUCACUACAACGACUUCUGACGCUGGUGGGGAUCGUGCUAGUCUGCAACGGCGUCUGCUUUGGUCUGGUGCGCUGUCUCUGGAAGCGCGGGCUCCCUCGUGUGAGCUCGUCGAUGCUGCUCUGUGGUGGGGCGAAGUACCUCUUUGAGCACGACGACUGGAUCCUUGGUGACGUCUACCAUCUCGACCGCGCGUCGGCGGUUCUGAAUGGGCUCUUGAGCGUUCGGUAUCAAAAUCAGUGGGUUAUAUUUGACGUCAAGACGUGGUGCGUUCGCAAGGUUCAGGUCGCGAGCGACCUCCGCGUACGCACGUUCGAAGAUAUUGUCCUCGUCGAUCGUCGCUUUGGACGGACUCUUCCGCUGGGAGAAUGAGGGAGCCUGCUUUAACUACUGUACUUCUUUAUAUACGAGUAUAUGUUUGCA